AGGCCGCGGGCUCUUUCCGGUGCUUUAUCUGCGCCGUUGGGCGCUCGAGGCCAUCCGACGUGCAACGUCAUUUCUGGUGGGUCGCUUUUGUGGGGGCGUUGGUCGCUCCUGUGGCAGGACGUUCCGAGCGCCGACGCUCGCUUUACGUGUUUAGAAAGUACGUCGUAAGGAUCGAUAAUUUAGCUACAUCAUGAGUUUUCUAUCGGAAAAGGCUCUCCUCCUCUGCGAUUGGCGAUGGUUGACGACAGCCCUAGUUUUCCUGCUCUCCUAUGUCGCGGUUCGAUUCUAUUACAAGGUGUCCAAAUACCCGAAAGGUCCUUUUCCACUGCCCGUCGUUGGAAAUCUACUCGGUCUCCGAAACACCAGUGAACUUUACAAGGCGACCGUAGAAUGGUCCACGAAAUACGGGGACCCGAUCACGUUGUGGAUGGGAGAGAGGCCCAUGGUGAUCAUCAACACGCAAAAGCUGGUGAAGGAAGCGUUCGUCGAAAGAAGGCACGAAUUCGCUGGGCGUUUCCCCUCCAAAAUGGGUGACCUCCAAACGCAAGGAAACCACAACAUCAUUAUGGAGGACUACACACCUACAUGGAAGGCGCUAAGAAAGGUGGCGCUGACCGCAGUAAGAAAGUACGCCGUCAGUGAAUCCUUGGAGACUCUCUGCUGCGAAGUGGUGGACGCCUACGUGGACUCUCUGAAAGAAGGACCCAAUGUAGUGGACUCAAAGGUUCCGUUUGAGUACACGCUCUACAACAUCAUCGGCAUGUCCGUCUACGGAGCAAAGUUCGACAAGGAGAGCCCCGAAUUGACCAAGCUACAAGCCAUUAACAGGGAAUUCCUUCGAAUUGCACCCAACGGUCUUCCCAGUGACAUUGUACCGUGGCUAGGUCUACUUUACAGAAACCGAGAGAGGAAGGUAGAACUUCUUUUCAAGGAAUUUAUGGAGAUAGUCGAUACGCUUUACAAGCGGGCUGCGAAAUCGUACGUUCCCGGCAAAAUCGACAACUUCACUCACUCCAUGUUGGCAGCAAGGGACGAGGCCAUUGAGCAAGCGAAAAACGACGCCGAACAUCUAACCGAGGCCAAUAUGGUUCAGAUCAUAAUUGACAUCUUUGGUGCUGGUACCGGGACUUCAAUGGCACAGCUACAGUGGUUAUCUCUCAUCAUGACAAGGAAACCAGAAAUAAGAGAAAGGAUGAUGACGGAAAUAGAGACAAACCUGGGGCAAGAUCGUCCAAGGCUUCAAGACAGAGAAAAAUUGCCCUACACGCAAGCUUGCAUCAUGGAGUCCUUGCGCAGGUUCCCGAACGUUCCGCUCGGCCUGCCACAUAACACGACAUGCGACACAGAAGUUGGGGGAAAGUUCGUUCCCAAGGACACUGGCAUCCUCUACAACAUCUACGCCAUCAACCACGACCCAAACCUGUGGGAUGACCCCGAGGUCUUCAGACCGGAACGGUUCCUGGACCCUGUCACGGGCAAGAUCAAACAGGAACUACUGCCGCAGCUGAUGACUUUUGGCCUGGGCCCCAGGACGUGUCCCGGCGAGAAGUUGGCGCACGUGGACAUGUUUUACGUCUUUGUCCGCUUCAUGCAGCGAGUCGACAUCAGCGCUCCGGAAGGAAAAGCGGACGCCGCCAUAAAGCCAGUCGGUUCCAACCUGUUUCUAAUUCCCUGGGAGGAGGACAUUGUCUUGACUCGCAGGGACUAGACUCGCAAGAACCACAAGCUGCUCGACGUCUAUGUACAGCUUGGAAUACUCUACUGCACUAAUUGUGUUUUCUACUAUCCUGAACGAGCGAAAGACGCGACAUUAAAACAUUUUAUUGAAA